AUGGAUAAGGAAAAAAAUAUGAGAAUAAAAGCUACUCCUCUGAUUCUUGGACAAGAGUUUAGUGGGUAUACUGCCAGGGUGAAAUAUGGGAUUGAUAGAGUGUUGGAUACACUUCCUCGCAUGUAUCAACUUGCACAAGGUGGUACUGCUGUUGGAACUGGACUGAACACAAAGAAGGGGUUUGAUGUUAAAGUUGCUGCUGCAGUAGCUGAGGAGACCAAGCUGCCAUUUGUUACUGCAGAAAACAAAUUUGAAGCCCUAGCAGCACAUGAUGCUUUUAUCGAGACUAGCGGGGCCUUGAAUACAGUUUCUGUUUCUCUUCAUAAGAUUGCAAAUGACAUCCGACUUCUUGGGAGCGGUUCACAUUGUGGGCUAGGCGAAUUAAUUCUUCCCAAAAAUGAGCCAGGCAGCAGUAUCAUGCCUGGAAAGGUUAAUCCUACACAGUGUGAGGCUCUUACCAUGGUUUGUGCCCAGGUUGAUGUAUAG